GGUAAACCAGUUUGGAAGCCAUAUUGGCCCGGACACUAAUGGCGGUUGAAAUUGCAGGACAGGUGCUUCAUUCUUUCCAGGUCACAUUUUCGCCGGGGAAGUUGCUCAUACGUAAAGCGAGGGUUUCGCGCGACUUUGUACUAAAUUGUGUUCACAAAGAAAGGUACUGUUGAGUUGCAGUACAUAUGUAUAGAUAUACGGAAGUGGAUAUUCAUAUAGUGGAUGUUGACAGUUGAAACCCCCAUGUCGGAAAGAAAUUGGACAGUGUAAGUGUAUAAACCAGGUAUUAGUUGUGACAGCUGGUAAUAUCAUACAAGAUCGGGAGAUUGAGAUAGUAAAUGUUCAAGUUUAUUUAAUAUGCAUCAGUUGAACAUUGGAUAAUGUCGCGAUGCGGAUAGGACAAAAUGACAACUUGGACAGUGAAUGGAGUAAGUUGAUUGAAUCCUGAAUACAUCCGGGCAGCAUCUCUCGUACACGGACAAGUCAGAGAGAUGGCAUCGUUCGACCCAGAAUACAGAAUUCGGCUCCAAAAGGUGGAGGAAAAACUGGUUGACUCCAAUUCCGAAUUGAAUGUAAACGGACUGUUGGAUGGCUUGAGCUCACUGAUCGCAGACUUGGACUAUCCGGCUAUCCGGAGAAACAAGAGUGUCGACCAGUUCGUGGGCAAAUAUGGAAAGGCAGUGGAAUUCGUCAACAGCUGUCGUAUGCGACAUUCUGACUUUGAGGUUGUCAAAGUCAUUGGAAGGGGUGCAUUCGGGGAAGUUCAACUGGUGAGGCACAGAUCCACACGGAAGGUGUAUGCCAUGAAGCUGUUAAGUAAAUACGAAAUGAUAAAGCGAUCAGAAUCAGCAUUCUACUGGGAAGAGAGAGAGAUUAUGGCAAAUGCCAACAGUUCAUGGAUUGUCCAGCUACACUUUGCAUUUCAAGAUACCAAAUUUCUGUACAUGGUUAUGGACUACAUGCCUGGUGGAGAUCUAGUCAACCUUAUGAGUAACUAUGAUGUUCCGGAGAAGUGGGCCAAGUUCUACUGUGCAGAAGUGGUUCUUGCUCUCAAUGCAAUCCAUUCUAUGGGAUUUGUACACAGGGACGUAAAACCAGAUAACAUGUUAUUGGACUCGCAUGGACAUCUGAAGCUCGCUGAUUUUGGGACCUGUAUGAGGAUGGACAAGGAUGGGAUGGUUCGAUCAGAUACAGCAGUAGGAACGCCUGAUUAUAUCUCCCCAGAAGUGCUUCAGUCUCAGGGCCGGCCGGGUUACUAUGGUCGCGAGUGUGACUGGUGGUCAGUCGGAGUCUUCCUUUAUGAAAUGUUGGUUGGUGACACACCCUUUUAUGCAGACUCAUUAGUUGGAACUUACGGGAAAAUUAUGGAUCACAGGAACUGUCUCAGCUUUCCAUCAGAAGUGGAGAUGUCUAAUGAAGCUAAGAGUCUUAUCUGUGCCUUCCUUACUGACCGGAACGAGCGGUUAGGGAGGAAUGGUAUUGAGGAGAUACAAUCACACAAGUUUUUUGUCAAUGAUCAGUGGUCUUGGGACAACAUCAGAGAGUAUGUACCGCCAGUAGUACCAGAGCUAGUCAGUGAUGUUGACACGAGUAACUUUGAGGACAUAGAGAAAGACGAUUCACCAGAUGAGACUUUUGCGAUUCCGAAAGCUUUUUCUGGGAACCAUCUACCAUUUAUAGGUUUUACUUACAGUAGAAGUUAUCAAUUACUACAGGAGGGAAUUGGAGGACAGCCAUCUAAGAGGGGUGGGCAAUCCACUAUUGAUUCUGCUGUUGGACGUAGGAUGGAGAGUGAUGACAAACAUCUCCACGAUCAGGUCCGAUCCCUCAGAUCAUCUAAAGACGAGGUCGAAAAGAAGUUUUCGAUGUUAAAGAUUGAUUUGGAUAGAAUUUCAACGGAGGAGUCACGGUUACGACGAGAGUGCAGCGAAUUUGAAAAGAGAAUGGCUCUGUUGAAGCAUGACCAGAAAGAGAGUCAGAGGAAAGCAGAUAUUGAGGCAGAGAACAGAAGGAAGUUGGAGGUACUACUUAAGGAGAAAGACCAACUUCUGGCUGAAGAGGUGAAUUUACGCAAGAGGGAGCAGAGCAGUAAAAACAACACCAGUGAUCGGCUCACCUCUUUAGAAAAAAUGAUUGCAGACCUGAAUGAGAGAUUAAAAUUAGAAUCUGAUAAUGCAGCUAAAUUCAAGAAAAAUUGCUCAGAACUACAACAGCGAUAUUCAAUCCUGGAGUCCAAUUACACAGACCUUAACACAAAGCACACAGAAGUGGUCAGCAUCCGACAGUCAUUACAGAAGGAACUGAUAGACUUACAGGCCAUACUAGAACAGGAGCGUAACUCACACAGUCAAAACUCAGCUCACACACAGGAACUCAACGAAAGAAUAGCUAAACUUCAGGAAGAAAAAGAAAGAGGAAUUGAAAAAGAACAGAAUCUCAGCGAUGAACUAAAACGCCUGAAUGAAUCCAUUGUCCGACUAGAAAAGGACAAGAAAUACAUGGAGAUUGAGCUGGAGGCUUACAGAAGGAAGCUCGACACUGAGGUUGUCUCACAUAAAGACACUGUCGCGAGAUUUAAUGAUGACAAGAGAACUCUGCUCAUAUCGUCCGAGGAGGCCAAUAUGGAAGCGGUGAAAGAGAUCCAGAAGAAAUUUGACCAGGAGCAUGCGACACGGACAAUGUCAGAAUCACGAUUGAUGGAUAUAGAAAAGAAAAAUUCAGAACUUCUAGUUGAUAUUUCUCAGUUCAAACAACAGGUGUCUUCAUUGCAAAACUCACUGAGUUGUGAACAAGACAAGUCAAGAAAUUUAUCCUUACAAGUUGAACAAGAGAUUCAGCGGCGUAAUUUAAUGCAGAGUGAUUUUAAAGUCCAGGCUCAGGAUUUGACCAAGGCAAAGAGCUUAGAAAGACAUAUCCAAAAGGAACUUGAUGAUGCCAAAGAGGAGAAGCUCUAUCUUGAAGAAGAGCUACGGAGAGUGAAAGAAGAUAUGUCAGUCACAGAUCUACAAAUGAAGGAACUUCAGGACCAGCUGGAAGCAGAACAGUAUUUCUCUUCGCUGUACAGAACACAAGUGAAGGAGCUGAAGGAGGAUGUGGAGGAGAAGACCAAACAACACCAGGAUGCUGUCAUGGACCUGAAGAGUGUAGAAAAGGAAAAGGACUCUAUGGCUGUUCAGUUAGAGAUUGCACUGUCCAAAGCAGACUCGGAACAACUGGCCCGAUCUAUCGCAGAGGAACAACUGUCUGAUGUGGAGAAAGAAAAAACUGUUUUAGAAUUAGAAAUAAAAGAAUUAAUGGGCCGACACAAGAGUGACACUGGCAAAAAGGAAUACCAGUAUCAAGUGUUAGAGGAGUCGAAGCGAGACGUUGUAAAACGAAACCAGGAGAUUCAAGCAGAAUGUGAUGAACUAAGUAAGCAAGUCAAGAAAAAGAACGAAGAGCUCCGUAAUAUACAAACCCAUAAUGCAGAGGGCGCUGGUAGUGAACUAGAAAAAUUACGAAAGAAUUUUGAAGAGGAAAAGAUAAAAAAGAUUCAGGCCGUUAAUAAAUUAGCUGAGAUAAUGAAUAGGAAGGAAUUCAAGCCUCCGGGUAAGAACAAGAAGAGCACACCAGACGCAGAUAUGAAGAAGAAGGAACGUGAACUACGCAAAGCACAACAAGAACUUCAGAUGGAAAGAGAGAAGUAUAACAAGAUGAUCGAGAAGUACUCGCGCGACUUGAGUGAGACCCAGGCUGCGUUGUACGAGGAAGGACAACAGCGGUCCAAGCUGCAAAUGGAACUAGACGCAAAAGACAGUGAGAUUGAGUUAUUGAGACAAAAGCUGACGUUCCUAAACGUAGACUCAGCAUCAGUGCAUAGUGGUAAUGGUGAAAACGAUGGCGAUAUUAGUAUUACAAGUAUAUCUCAAGUACCAUCGGACACGCUCAUGGAGGGUUGGCUGGCCGUGCCCAACAAGUCCAACAUUAAAAAGUACGGCUGGAAGAAGCAAUAUGUGGUGGUCAGUAGUCGCAAAGUGCUGUUCUACAACUCGGAGAACGACAAACAGAAUGCUGACCCUGUAUUGGUGCUAGAUAUUGAAAAAUUAUUCCAUGUUCGUCCUGUGAGCCAGGGUGAUGUUUACAGAGCAGAUGCCAAAGAUAUCCCACGGAUAUUCCAGGUCCUGUAUGCUACUGAAGGGGAAAAUAGACGACCUGACGAGAUAACUCAUGAUAUGAAUCAGGACAAAUCUGCAAUGGUUCAGCACAAAGGUCAUGAAUUCAUACCCUUACAUUUUCGUACCCCAACCAAUUGUGAUGCAUGCAACAAGGCAGUUUGGCAUGUACUUCAUCCGCCACAGGCUCUGGAGUGUAAACGGUGUCAUAUCAAAGUGCACAAAGACCACUACGACAAGAAUGAGGAGUUUGUAGGAUAUUGUAAAGUGAACUACGACCAGAACAUUCAGGCUAAGGAGAUGCUGUUACUAGCCGAGACGAUCGACAAACAGAAACAUUGGGUCACACAUCUGAGUAAAAAGAUUACGAAAAAAGGAAUAGUCAGUUCCGGAAAUCUUGGCACAUCACGUGGCACAAGGCAGUACUCGUCGUUUGGAAUGCAACGCCAGAUUGGGAAUCAGAGAUCGGCAUCAACACUUCCUCCAAACACCCGGCCGGUGUGAUGCAGCCUCAUUGAAAUCAUCAAUUCAUCAUCAUUUUUAGAGAAAUUAGGAUACAAAGUUUAUGGUGACAUUUUUGUUAAUCAUUUAUCAUUUGAGGUACGGGAUUGUGGACUCAGUCAGGACCUGGUUAAUCAAAUAGGGACAUGUCUGGCUACUGUGAGGACAUAUUUUCCUACGUUUUCCAACGAAAUAAUGGCCACCGUCCAACUGUUCUUGCCCUUUGCGGAAUGGUGCUGGACAAAAGAAAAGCUUUUCUUGAUAUGAACUUUCAUAUUUGUACACUAAUUAUCUUAGCACAAAGUGUAGCUCGUUAAAUUCUUUGUAGUUGCUGUGAGAUGCAAUGUUCCAGGAUAAAACACCAAACAAGUGUAAUUGUUUUUAUUGUCAGAAUGUUAUAUCAUAGAAUAUGCAAUACUGACAUAAAUAUAAUUUUUUUUAAGAUCAUGGUACAUCAAAAAUUUUCAUUGCCAAAUAUAAAAACAAAACCACAUAUGAGAAAACCUGCUUUUUCCAUUCAUACAUUCUCUUCAUUAAAUGAAUGUGUAAGAAAACCAGGAUUGGUUUAAAAUACCGGUGUGGUUUUUGUGACCCCUGUGUAAAAUACUGCCUCAAUCGUUGGAUUUGGAGUACAACUCCUAUAAAAUAUAUGCCUUCAGGCCAAUUCUUGUUCAUGACACCUCUGAUUAAAAAACUCACCAAAACAAGACAUAUUUUACUGUUGAGAUGUACAUGUUGUAAGAUAAAGUGUUUAUACCUGCUAGUUGUUUUCCCCUUAUAAUGCCCACCACGUUCCAUCAAAUGAUACUUGAAGGUCUUUAGUUUCUUGAAGCUCUCAAUUUUGAAGUCUUUGCAGCGACAGUUUUUCCAUUGAAAAGAUAUCUCUGGAAUAUAAACAGAAUUGCAUGCAAUGUCGUAAUGCAUUGCCAUAAAAUGUUAAAUUUGACAUUUCUGUAAUCUGCAAAACAGC